AUGGCAGGGGAAGAGCCACUUUUGGCUCCCCGCCCAUCCUCCGACGGCUCGUCGAUUCGAAACGAAGAGGAGGAAUACGCCCUCCUGACCGGCGAGCGGACUGCUCCCCGGGCCGAGAAACAACGGAGCUGGAAGUUCUGGCGGGAGAUCGGACUGUUUGCCUGGGCCCUGCUUGCUACAACUCUAGUGAUUGUGUUGGCCGUGGUCUACCAGCACAAGCCCGUUGAAAUCCACGGUCCUAGCCACAACACAAGAAAAAUAACCUGGGGCCCUGGCGGCAAGCCGACAGGCAAGCGGAAUGUUAUUUUCAUGGUUUCCGACGGCAUGGGACCCACGAGUCUCUCGCUUACCCGGGGUUUCCGACAAUACACGGAGAACCUGCCGAUCGACGACAUUUUGGUUUUGGAUCAGCAUUACAUCGGCACGUCGCGGACACGAUCAAGCUCUAGCUUGGUUACUGAUUCCGCGGCUGGAGCGACGGCUUUCUCGUGCGGCCGCAAAAGUUAUAACUCUGCUAUCUCGGUGACUCCUGACCACGCGCCUUGCGGGACUGUGCUUGAGGCAGCUGCGUUGGCUGGCUACAAGACCGGACUGGUUGUGACGACCCGUCUGACGGAUGCGACGCCUGCUUGUUUUGCUGCUCAUGCUAACCUGCGGAGCUACGAAGACUUGAUCGCCGCCCAGGAGGUCGGAGAACAUCCUCUUGGCCGGGUGGUGGAUCUCAUGCUUGGUGGUGGACGGUGCCAUUUCCUGCCCAACUCGCAGCAAGGAAGCUGUCGGGGUGAUAAUCGCGAUAUGAUUGAUGUUGCUGCUAAAAACGGUUUUGGUUAUAUCGAUGAUCGUGCUGGCUUCGAUAGCCUCAGGGGCGGAGACAAUGUCAGUCUGCCUCUCCUUGGUCUUUUCGCCAACGGAGAUAUCCCAUAUGAGAUCGACCGCCGUACUCAGAAUGAUGUCUACCCAUCUUUGGAAGAAAUGGCCCGCACUGCACUGAAGGCCUUGAGCAAGGCUACCGAGGACAGCGAGCAAGGUUUCUUCAUUAUGAUCGAGGGCUCUCGUAUUGAUCAUGCCGGCCACGGUAAUGAUCCUGCUGCGCAGGUGCACGAGGUUUUGGCGUAUGACAGGGCAUUUGCUGCUGCGUUGGAGUUUUUGGAGAAUGACUCUACUCCAGGUGUGAUUGUCAGCACGUCUGACCACGAGACCGGUGGAUUGGCCGCUGCGCGCCAGCUGCACAAGUCUUACCCCGAGUAUUUGUGGCUUCCAGGUGUCUUAGAAAAGGCAAGCCACUCUGGUGAAUACCUUGCAGUCCAGUUGAACGAGUAUCUUUCCGGAUCAGGCAAGGACGAGAAGGAUUCGGCCAAAGAAUCGUGGGUUCGGAAGAAUCUUAUCGAGAACGGCCUUGGCAUCGAUGAUUCUACAGAUGCUGAGGUCAAGGCUCUGCUCUACCCAGAUCCAGGAGUCGGCCCGUCCUACGUGUUCGCUGAUAUGAUCAGCCGCCGUGCCCAGGUUGGUUGGAGUACUCAUGGACAUUCCGGCGUCGACGUCAACAUUUAUGCUUCCUCUUCCAAGGAUGCUUGGCCGUUGGUCGGUAACAACGAGAACACCGAUGUCGGUGCUUUCCUCGCGGAUUACCUCGAUCUUGAUGUCAACAACGUCACAAAAAUGCUUCGGGAUACCAAGACUGGCAUCUUCCAAUCAUUUGACUGGAUGGGCGAUCGUCUUGGCUUGAAUUUCCAUUCUGAUGGAUUGGAUGCCUACCACGGAGACUUCAGAAAGCGAUCUGUUGACGACUGUGGAUGCGGUGCUACUCACUGA